GAAGCUCUCCAAACGGAUCCGAACAUCAGUUGUCAGUAGUACCAGCGAGAAAGACUUCGACACCAUUUCGAAGGUCUACCUGGCAGGCCGCAGGGACCUUUAAGACUGUCAAAAGCCCGUAAAUAUGCACUGAUGGGGAGACAUCGGACGAGAGAUCAUUCCCAUGCCCAACUCCCCAACUGUGGCAAGGCGAUCAGAAUUUGGCGGGUCUCUGAAACCGGGCAUGACAGAAAACGCACCAUAUUCUUACGCAUCCAAAGCUCCGAAGCUCCGAACAUCCUAGCAACAUCAGGGAUCUGCACCAUGCCGCACACAUACCCAUACCCGGUGAAAUGCCUACUCAGCUCUGAAAGCGAUGUGAAUAAGCACUCGAAAGUCAUGUUCGAGUAUUCCUACGAGAGACCGUUUUCAGGGCCUCCACCGUCUGGCUGUGGCCUGGGGAGUCGAAAUUUCCGGAGAUGCGUCAAUCAGCACUUGAAAGGAAUACAGACGCAAAGUUUGGUGUCCAAGGGCCAACUGCAAGAACACAUGGAAAUCAAUCACCCCGACGCAAAGGACGAAAAGUAUUCAUUUGCGAAAGCGAGUUGGAGACGCAUAGAAUUGUUUUUCAGGUAUUCCGCCGCGAGACCUGUCCCAUGUCGUACUCCGAACUUUACACUCUUUGCCGCCUGCACUUGGUUCACACAAGGAGAAAGAAGAUACAAGUACCCUACGGCCAACUGCAGGAGCAGCUAUACAGACAUACAAGUUUGAUGUGACGAAGCACUCUCAAAGCCAAUUAUUCCGACAAUCCCUGCAAGCUUGUUUGCGACAAUAAUGAUUCCGACAGAUUAUUGGAAUCACCGGAGAGCUUCGCCGCCCACCU